GGGACGCCCGGCCGCCCCGAGAGGGAGGGGCUGCGGGAUCGACGGCGGGGAAGCUCCGCCCCCGGCGCGGUAUAAGUGCUGGGCCCGGCCCGCGGCGGCCGCAGGAGCUGGUUCUGGGGCGCCCGGCUGGGCUCGGCGGGCCUGUUGCGCUUCCCACCUGCUUCCAUAAGGCUUUGCCUUUCCAACUUCAGCUACAGUGUUGGCUAAGUUUGGAAGGAAGACAAAAAGAAGACCCGGGGCCGUUUUCUUCCUCUUAUCUUGCCGUAGUAGUCGUUGGGGUCUUCUUGCACAAGGUGGCUGUGUUUUUAGCGGUGCUAUCUCCAGUUCCUUGCACUCCUGUUAAUAAGCUCCUCGGCAAGAGCAGCAGCAGCAGCAGAAGAAGAAGAAGAGCAAGCGGGGGUCUCCUGGUGUCAUGACCAAGGCAAGAGAUCAAAACCGCCAGGGAGGAUGCUGUGGAUCCUUAGAAAACUACCUGACAUCUGCAAAAUUCCUUCUCUACCUGAGUCAUUCUCUCUCUACUUGGGGAGAUCGGAUGUGGCACUUUGCAGUGUCUGUGUUUCUGGUAGAGCUCUAUGGAAACAGUCUCCUCUUGACUGCAGUCUACGGGCUGGUGGUGGCAGGGUCUGUUCUGGUCCUGGGAGCCAUCAUUGGUGAUUGGGUGGAUAAGAAUCCCAGGCUUAAAGUGGCCCAGACUUCAUUGGUGGUACAGAAUGUUUCAGUCAUCCUGUGUGGAAUCAUCCUGAUGAUAGUUUUCUUGUAUAAAAAUGAGCUUCUGACCAUGUACCAUGGAUGGGUUCUUACUUCCUGCUAUAUCCUGAUCAUCACUAUUGCAAAUAUUGCAAAUUUGGCCAGUACUGCUACUGGAAUUACAAUCCAAAGGGAUUGGAUUGUUGUUGUUGCAGGAGAAGACAGAAGCAAAUUAGCAGACAUGAAUGCUACAAUACGAAGGAUUGACCAGUUAACCAACAUCUUGGCCCCCAUGGCUGUUGGCCAGAUUAUGACGUUUGGCUCCCCAGUUAUUGGCUGUGGUUUCAUUUCGGGAUGGAACUUGGUGUCCAUGUGUGUGGAAUACUUUCUGCUCUGGAAGGUUUACCAGAAAACCCCUGCUCUAGCUGUGAAAGCUGCUCUUAAAGUGGAGGAAGCUGAACUGAAACAGCUGAAUUUACACAAAGAUACUGAGCCAAAACCCCUGGAGGGAACUUGUCUAAUGGGUGAGAAAGAUCCUGACAUCCAUGAGCUUGAACAUGAGCAAGAGCCCACCUGUGCCUCCCAGAUGGCUGAGCCCUUCCGCACCUUCCGAGAUGGAUGGGUCUCCUACUACAACCAGCCAGUUUUUCUGGCUGGCAUGGGUCUUGCUUUUCUUUAUAUGACUGUCCUGGGCUUCGACUGUAUCACCACAGGCUAUGCCUACACUCAGGGACUGAGUGGUUCCAUCCUCAGUAUUUUGAUGGGAGCAUCAGCUAUAACUGGAAUAAUGGGAACUGUGGCUUUUACUUGGCUACGUAGAAAUUGUGGCCUGGUUCGGACUGGUCUGAUCUCAGGAUGGGCACAGGUUUCCUGUUUGAUCUUGUGUGUGAUCUCGGUGUUCAUGCCUGGAAGCCCCCUGGACUUGUCUGUUUCACCUUUUGAAGAUAUCCGUUCUAGGUUCAUUCCAGGAGAGCCGAUUACACCUACCAUAAUACCUGCAACCAUCAUCACAACUGAAAUGCACAUGCCAAACGGGUCUAAUCCUGCUACUAUUGUCCCGGAGGCAAGUCCCAAAUCUGUGCCCAUAGUCUCCGUCAGCCUGCUAUUUGCAGGCGUCAUUGCUGCUAGAAUUGGUCUUUGGUCCUUUGAUUUAACUGUGACACAGUUGCUGCAAGAAAAUGUAAUUGAAUCUGAAAGAGGCAUUAUAAAUGGUGUACAGAACUCCAUGAACUAUCUUCUUGAUCUUCUGCAUUUCAUCAUGGUCAUCCUGGCUCCAAAUCCCGAAGCUUUUGGCUUGCUCGUAUUGAUUUCUGUCUCCUUUGUGGCAAUGGGCCACAUUAUGUAUUUUCGAUUUGCCCAGAAAACUCUGGGCAGCCAGCUCUUCAUUUGUUGUCCUGAUGAAAAAGAAGUCACCAACGAAAAUCAAACUGAUACAUCUGUUGUCUAAGACAGUUUAACUAUUGCUGUCCCUGUUAAUAGAUUGUAUAGAGCACAUGUGCUUAUUUUGUACUGCAGAACUCCAAUAAAUGGCUGGGUGUUUCUCUCUUUUUUUACCACAGCUAUGCCUUGAGGGCUAAAAGCUAUUUAGGAAACCUAAGUCAGCAGAAAUGAGCUGGUUAAUUUCACUUACAUUUAGCAAUGGGAAAAAAAUAUAUAGAAAAAGAAAAACAGUUUAAAUAUGGAGACUGUAAUGAUAACACUGAUUUCCCCUGUGUUUCAUGAGUAGAUAAAAUUUUACGUCAGAGUGGUUAGUCAUGUGAAUUAAGUUAUUCUUUGGCAGAUAUUUAUUAUCUGUACUAGAAUUCAGAUAUGUCAAUUUUCCCUAAAACUCACUCUUAUUUGAGUCUGGUUAAUCUACUUUAUUUGUAUCUUAUUCUCAGAUUUAUUAUAAAAAUAAAUUCUCCAGAUAUGAAGAUUAAAGUUUGAUAACCAUUAUUAUCUUAUUGAUCCAACUGAAGGGAUUUACAUAAAUGUGGAAAAAAUAAGGUUCAUGGUUCAACUUCAGAGAGCACCGUUGCAUUUUUAUUAUCAGGGUAGGGCAAAAUAUUGUAUUAAGCAUGUGUAGCAAUUCAUAAAAUGACUAUCAUGUAAGCUUCAGGUAGACGCAAAGCUGCAAAGUAGAUUUAUAACACAGUGAAUACAUAAAGAUUUCAAAUAUGUCAGUAGUUUGGCCAUAGAAACUAGAAGCUAAAAGCCACACAGAAGGAUGAGAUCCUAAUUAUACUCACGCCACUAUCAUUAAUGAUCUCUAUCUUAGAAUAUGAGGGAGUAAGCCUUUAGCCUGGCUAGUUAUGUGUAGAAAGAAAACCUACACUUGGAAAGGUUUUGUUGUAGAAAUCAUUUGAUUUACUUUUCACCCACUCGGGUAGAACACUUUUGUUUUAUGCCCAGGAGUUAUCUCUGCAUUGUUCUAGAGCAAGAAUACUCAUAAAAGUACCCCUUUCGAAUGUCUUUGAGAAGGAUAGAGGGAAAAAAAAAGUUUGUAUAUAUUUUUAAAAACUGUUUUACAAGUCAGUUUGCAACAUGCCAGUACCAACAUGGUCCUUUGCCUUAACCGUUCAUGCACUUUCUUGGAGACUGCAAUAUGUUGCUAUGAGCACUUUCUUUAUCCUUGAGGUUUAAUCUUUUUCAUCUUUCUACAGUAUGAUAAUGAUUUGCUAUGUUGUAAAAUCUUUGUAAAAUAUUUCUAUAUAAAAAUAUUUUUAAAAUCUUCA